UGCAAAGUAAUAACUACAAGCCUCAGAAGAAAACAUGGGUUCAGAAAAUAAGCAUUUUGUUCUGGUGCAUGGGGCUUGCCAUGGAGCUUGGUGCUGGUACAAGCUCAAGCCCCGCUUGGAAUCUGCUGGCCACAAGGUGACCGUGCUCGACCUUGCAGCUUCCGGCAUCAACCUGCAGAAAAUUGAAGAUGUUCAUACUUUCUCACAGUACUCUGAGCCUUUACUGCAGCUAUUGGCGACAAUUCCCCCAAAUGAAAAGGUUAUUCUGGUCGGUCAUAGCCUUGGGGGACUCAACAUAGCACUUGCCAUGGAGAAAUUCCCAGAAAAAGUUUCGGUUGGUGUUUUCUUAACGGCUUUUACUCCAGACAUUGAACACCACCCAUCUUAUGUUCUGGAAAAGUACAAUGAGAGGACUGAAUCGGCCGCAUGGUUAGACACUGAAUUUUCGCCAUGUGGAAGCAAAACAUUAAUGUUCUUUGGUCCCAAGUUCAUAUCUGACAAGCUGUAUCAGCUCACCUCCAUCGAGGACCUUCAAUUGGCCAAGAGUUUAGCAAGGCCAUCGUCACUCUUCAUGGAAGACUUGUCAACGCAAAAGAAGUUCUCGAAAGAUGGAUAUGGGUCAGUUCCACGUGUCUUUGUUCUAUGCACCGAGGACCUUGCAAUUCCUGUGGAAUAUCAGCACUGGAUGAUCCAAAAUGUUGUCUUCAAUGACGUUCUAGAGAUCAAAGGCGCAGAUCACAUGCCUAUGCUUUGCGUCCCACAACAACUCUUCGAUUCUCUCCAACAGAUAGCUACUAAAUAUUAAUUACCUCAUCAUCAUGCUUUAAACGUGUUUGUUGUCUUUCACUUUCACUUGUCUUAUAGAAUUAUAAGAUCGUAAUCCAAACUAUAAUGUGGCUUUUCCAAUACUUAUAAUAAACU